UGCGCAGCCUUCAAUCUAUGCCUCUUUACUUUUGCUUUCCUCCGAGUUAACAGUACGCACCUAGUGUUGGCUGGUGGUGUAGAUCACGCCUCUGUCUCUCACGCACGCCGCUGUGGUCCCCCCCCCCCCCCCCCUUCUCCGCUCCGUGGUCUUGAACGCCUCACGGGCGUCUGUGCACGGGGAACGAUGAGCCACCUCAAGGCGGCUAAAACGCUGUCGUUUGACGGGCCGUGUCGGACCGAGGCCCGGGCCGUGUACGCCAAGCGACGGUGUGUCAGCGACACCACGGACCUGUUUGCAAUGAUCGAGAGGAUGCAGGCUAGCAGGAUGGACGAGCAACGCUGCACCCUCCCUCCCCCCCUCAAAACGGAGGAGGACUACAUACCAUACCCCAGUGUCCAUGAGGUCCUGGGUCGUACGAGCCCCUUCCCCCUUAUCCUGCUGCCCCAGUUUGGGGGCUACUGGAUCGAGGGGACCAAUCACGAGCCCCGGAUCCCCCCGGACACAGAGCAGCCCCUGCCUGCCACCCCCACCGGGGCGGGUGGCGCCGGGGCAGGGGGGUCCAACAUCAAGCUGGAGACCAACAGCCUGGCUAAGACCUACAGGAAACAGUUCAUGGGCAAGGAACACUUUAACUACUACACCAUGGACGCCGUCCUGGGACAGCUGGUGUUCUCCCUGAAGUAUGACGUCAUCGGGGACCAGGAGCACCUGAGGCUGAUGCUCAGGACCAAGUUCAAAACCCACCACGACGUCAUCCCCAUCUCCUGCCUGACCGAGUUCCCCAACGUGGUUCAGAUGGCCAAGCUUGUUUGUGAGGAGGUGAAUGUGGAUCGAUUCUACCCAGUUCUGUACCCGAAGGCCUCCAGACUCAUCGUCACGUUUGACGAGCACGUUAUCAGCAACAACUUCAAGUUCGGCGUGGUCUAUCAGAAGUUCAGCCAGACCACCGAAGAAGAACUGUUUGGGAACAUGGAUGAAAGUCCUGCCUUUGUGGAGUUCCUGGAGUUUCUGGGCCAGAAGAUUGAGCUCCAUGAUUUCAAAGGGUUCCGUGGUGGUCUGGACGUCACCCACGGGCAGACAGGGACCGAGUCGUAUUACACUAACUUCCACAACAAGGAGAUCAUGUUCCAUGUUUCCACCAAGCUGCCCUACACAGAGGGAGACUCACAGCAGUUGCAGAGGAAGAGGCACAUAGGAAAUGAUAUCGUGGCGGUGGUGUUCCAGGAGGAGAACACGCCCUUUGUCCCGGACAUGAUAGCCUCCAACUUCCUGCACGCCUACGUGGUGGUGCAGGUGGAGAACGCCUGCAGCCAAGAUGUCACCUAUAAGGUGUCGGUGACGGCCCGAGAUGACGUACCGUUCUUUGGACCCGCCCUGCCCGACCCGGCCAUCUUCAAAAAGGGCCCGGAGUUCCAUGAGUUCCUCUUCACCAAGCUCAUUAAUGCGGAGUAUGCGUGCUACAAGGCGGAGAAGUUUGCCAAGCUCGAGGAGCGGACACGCUGGGCCCUGCUGGAGACCCUGUACGAGGAGCUGCACCUGAACACCCAGGCCAUGAUGGGACUGGGGGGCGACGACGAGAAGCUGGAGAACGGGGCCGCAGCGGGGGGAGGGGGGGGCUUCUUCGAGUCCUUUAAGCGGGUGAUUCGCAGCAGGAGCCAGUCUAUGGACGCCGUGGGGCUCACUAGCAAGCGGUCACACACUGUCUCCACUAGUCACAGCGGCAGCUUUACCCACAAUCCCGCUGAGAGCCCCAAAGCCCCAGGGAUAUCCCUGAUCAUUCCAGGGAAGAGCCCCACCAGGAAGAAGUCGGGACCCUUCAGCUCGCGCCGCAGCAGUGCCAUCGGCAUCGAGAACAUCCAGGAGGUGCAGGAGAGGAGUCGGGACGUUUCCCCCAACACACAGAGGACUCCAGAUGGUAGCCAUAUGUUCCAGGAUGCCAAAGAGUUCUCCUCCAAUCACAGCUCUCCAGAGACAACCACAGCCAGGAACAGCUCUGCUCUGUGCUGCAGGGCUCCUUCCAUCCCGGAGGCCCAGGACAUGUCCCGCUCCUCCUCCAACGCCAGCAGCUUCGCCAGCGUGGUGGAGGAACACGACGGAGAACCAGAGGUCGGGGACGACUACGACACGGGACUGGAGAGCCUGUCCUCGGCUGGGACGCCCCACAAGAGGGACUCCUUCAUGUACAGCUCCUGGACCGAGGACGGCUUCUGCAGCCCCGGCCCGGGGGGAGGGUCACCAGGGUCCGUGCGGCCCGAUCUCGCCAAGGAGGCGGAGCCAAAAGGGACAGAAGCCCAGGCCAAGACGGAGCACCCCCCCGGCCAGGAACCCAAGACCCCAUCGAAGAGGCCCGCCCUGCAGGACACGAGGCGUUGCCACGUCAACUCCACCACCGACCCUGAGGACGACCAGAGUUAGAAGACCGCCCCCCGCUGGAUCCAAGAGACCGACAGAUAUAUAUUUCUUUCUCUCCCCCUCUCCCUCCCUCCCACCCUCCCUAUCUCCCCCUCCUUCCUCAGCCCUGUGGGUAUCUGCAGUCUCUCACGACAUGCCAGGCAGAUCCGUAGACAUGUUUGUACCUGCCGGUCCGCGUCGCUGCCCCCUACAGGCCGGACCCAGAAGUGCACCUCCAGGGGAAAUACUUUAUUAACCACAGACAGGACAAUGGGGAUAGCACCUAUCCGCCAUCCAACCUCCUGUUUGAUGGCUGUCAGUUGAGACUGGCCGCUAUGGCCCCAUGGUCCUAUGGCCCCAUGGUCCUAUGGCCCCGUGGUCCUACGGCCCCAUGGCCCUGGGGCCUCUUGUUCUUGUUCUGAGAGGAGCGACGUACUACUGUGUCAAACAUGGCCCCAUCAGGGUGGGACCAGCCGCCAUCUCGACCCAGCGCACCUCACCCUGUCUGAUGGGGGAGGCGCUCCCUCA